CUUCAUACUUCGUGUUCACUAGCAACACCCGGCGCCCGACGUGACUAUUGCAACAGCGAAGAGAGGUAAUACCUUUUCCCCCCACACACACCCUAGAAAAAAGGGGGUUUUUCAGUCCAGAGUGCGGGUUUUUUUGUCUGCCGUUUUUUCCUUUGCUGGAGAAUUUUUCCCAGUGAGCUGAAAGCAUGCCAAUCGCUCCCUUAGCUCCAGAGGAUGAGAUCGUCCUGGACUUAUGGACAGAUAUUCUCUGGAAAAAUUAACUGGACAUUUCUGAAGCAGAUAUUAAUGCUUUAUAUUUAUAGGGGAAAGAACAUGGAUUUUUUUUUCCAACCGCUGCUGACGCGCUGUUGAAAAGUUGUCAGAGCUUAGGUGACGCCUUGUAUCAACUGGUGUUGGCCGGCGAAGGGGAGUAUGCAAAAUUGCUUCUCCCCUGGAAGAAAUUCAUUACUAUAGUAGAGACUGCUAGCUCCAGAGCCUCAUCUAGGGAGGUCUCGGAGUCUGGCUCUGAAGGAGGAGACUGGUCUGAUCCAGAAGCCGCUCUGCUAGAGUGUGACUCACGGGAGACGGCAUUGGACUUGGACCAGGACAGCCUAGAGGGAAUUCAUCCCUUUGCGAGUCUAACCUGGGGGUGGGAAGUCCUUCUUCCGUGUCACACGGGAUGGGUGACCAGGGGAAGGGGGAGGUUCGACUCUCGAAAGCCAUCCCUCCCCUGCUCAGCCGGGGACACCCUGCCUGGGGCUCGGGAAACGGCAGGUUGGAGGGGAAACAAGUUUUCCCCACGCAUUUCCCGCGGUGGAGGGGACCCCAUCGGCUCCUGUUCCACCGGCAACGGGACCGCUAAGCCCCCUCUCCAUGGCGUGCAUGAACUGUGGUGUCGCUGCGCUGAUCCCAUUCCCGAGGCCAAACACCGCGGGCAUUGGGAACGGUGGAAUUUUGUCCGCUCCACAGGCGUGGCUGGAGAGUGGUCCCACCGCGCCUGCGCACGUUACAGCCACUGCAAUAAAGCAGUUAAUAGAUCUAACGCCCGUAGGGGAAGGGGCGACCCUGCUCCGUCCCGCGCGGGCUGGCUCGCCGCUGCCUUCCACGCAGCCCCUUUGUGCGGGGAGGCCAGCGGUGUGGGCCGAGGCGGGAGCAGAGGCACGGGUAUGGCCGCCAUGGCCGCAGAGGCCGACAGGAUUGGCUCCGCUCCCAGCGCGGGCAGGGACGCCAGCAGCACUACUGCUGCCACGGACGGUGCAAGAGCUCGGCCAGCGCCACGGUCCCCUGUGCCCCCCUCCGCCUUGGGGGGGUGGGGGGGGAACACAAGCGGCGCAACGACUGCCGUCGCAGCUGGCGCGGGUCCCUUGUUGGAACUGGGUUCCCUCGCGGCCCCCCCAGCCACUGCAGUAGCGGCUGCGGCCGGCGAAGGUGGCGCUGCCUACAUGGACGGCGCUGGGACUCUUUUGAGCCCUCCCGCUCUCCUGGCGCUUGUGUCUUCAGCGCCGGGUGGGGGUGGGGACGGCUCUUUGUUGGCGCCGCUCCCUCCCUCCCAAGAGCAGGGCUUGGAUGGAUUGGUUGGGUCUACUACAGACCCUGCCGGGGCUGCCCCGGAUCCAACGGCUGGCGCUGCCAGGGGUAGUCCCCUGGCUGCUGCUGGUGUCGGAGCAGCUGUGUCUGAGCCUCCCUUGUUUACAAUAGGGGCUCGCAGUAACGCUGAUGCUUCAGGGCGAGUGUCUGCUCAGAGUGGAGGACAUCGAAAGGGUCCCCAUUCCAGCACUCAUUGGACACUUCCACCAUGUAAGGACACAGUGCGUCUCAGAGAUCCCAGAUAUUUUUGGGACGAGGUCAAAGAAAAAGCCUUGGAGAUGGGAGAUUAGGAUGUCCUUGAGCAUUUUAGGGGAACUGGAGAUAAUUUUCCUGACUUUUCAGAUUCUGGGAAGAACAUACAAUCUGGUACAGGAGAGGCAAACUCCAGCCAGAUGCCUGUCUCUGCUCCUGUGAUGUUGUCAUGGAGUGAUUUUACCUUUAAGGUGGCUUUGAGAGCUAAGGGAGUUGAAGUUGCUGGGGACUGAUGGGAGUCUUUUCUCCUAACCAAUUAUCAGUCAUUACUGGGAAUUGACAGCAGUGUUGACCAUUGAAAAGUGGGAUCAACUUGUGAACCCUACCUUAAGAUGUAAAGUCAAGGCACUUUUAGCCUCUUUGUUUCCUGGCUGUGAAAGGUGACAGACCUCCGGCUGGCCUCCCGUUCUCUACCUGGCCAUGCGGCCGGGCGGGGGCUGGGCUGGGCCUGCCGCCUCUCCCGGCCGGGAGAUGAGGCCUGCAGGGGGCUUGUCCCGAGCUCUGGCCGGGCCGGGCCGGUUCCUGGCUCGGCUGCAGUGACGGAGUUCACCGGAGACUGCCGAGUAAAGAAGGAGAAAAAACUCUGGACCUGCAGCGGGCCGAAACAGCAACUACACUCUCCAGAGCAGCCAUGGGGAAUUUUCUAUCGCAGACGGCUCCAGCUCCUGCACCGGCAGAAGUCACAGAACCAUCUACAAAGCCUGAGCAAGAUUUUAAACUUUUCAUUACCCAGCUGAGACUUGCAGAUUAAUCCUUUUAUCCAGAGAGAGAAAAAGAGAGUGAUCAACAUGUAAAGAGACUUUAUGGACUGUCAGAGACAGUAAGGAAAGAGAGAAUAAGGAGAUGCUUUACAGCUGAAAUAUCUUUCUGUUAAAGCUAUGGAGAUAGACAAUAGUGGUUUAAAAAGACUCCUUUAAUUCAUGACAGAGUAUGGGGAGGAAUAGAGUGUUCAAAGUGUAAAUUUUGAGUAAAAAGUAGAAUAAUUGUAAUACAGUGAAGUGCUGGAAGAUUUGAAGCCUUGAGAGGCAAUGAGAAAACUGUUUUCUAGUAGAGCUCACAGAGACAAAUGAAGAAGACUUUUGCCUUUGAAUAACUCAUCCUUAAAAUGACAUCCGUAGACUCAUGGCCCAUACACACCUCAGAGUGAUGUGAAAUGGGAGGAGUGAGCUCUGAUAACAGCAGUUCUGGGCAGCUGACAUCAAGGCAAUAGGAAACUAUAACAGAAGUAGUUUUCUUGUGAGAAACUCCAUAGAUUAACAGAAAGAGACUUCUGUUUCUCUACAAAGACUGAUGAAAAGACUCUAGCAGGAAUUGGGACUGUUUUUAAACACCAAAGUUCCAAAGUUUUUUGUCUCUGUUGUCAUGUGAACAAGAGAAUGGUGAAUAGUAGGAGAUAAAAAGGGUUUUCUGGAAGUUUAUUCUGGUGUUCUUAUUAUUAUAGUUUGUUAAUAAACUUUCUUUAUUCCUUUUAAGUUUUAAGCCUGUUUUGCUCUUGUUCUAAUCCAUAUCUCACAGCAAAAAAUAAGUAAUUUUUUUUACUUACUGGUUUAAAACCACGACAGAUGUCUAUGGGGUAGGAUCAAAGAGAUGCUGAGACCUUGCAAGGUCUUCAGGCUUUUCCUGUGGUUAAGGGAAAUCCUCACACAGGGCAGCCUAACACACAUCUGGUUAUAUCCUUCAAAGCUGUGUUGGACAUUAGAGACAAGGUGGCUAAAUAUGGUCUAGGUUCUCAGGAGGUAAUGCAGAUGAUCCAUGUUAUUAACUCUGAGCCACUAGUACCAUAUAUUAAGCACCUUGCUCAGGUGUUAUUUCAGCCUGUCCAGUUUGAAGUCUUUGAAGCCAAUUGGGAGUCCAAUUGGAAUUGGCCAUGAAAGUAGCUGGAUGUAAUAGUCAGUUGUCUCACCAUGACCCUAGGUAUGAGGUUGGAAGUGAUCUGUUGACAGGGGUUGGAAAUUUUUCUGAUCCCGAUUUCCAGGUUACCUUCCACCUACAAAUGCUGGAUCAGUGCCAGAAGACAGGCAUUGCAGCUCUGAUUAAAACCAUAGAGUUAUCAGCUCCAAAACAGAGGUUCGUCACUAUAGUCCAAGGAGCUAAAGAACAUUAUAUGCAGUUUGUUGAAAAACUCUGCAUCUUUGGAGAAGCAGGUGGAUGAUUCUGACUUGAGAAAGCUACUGGUCAAACAGCUUGCAAGAAGCAAUGUCAAUGAUGACUGCAGGAGGGUGAUAGAGGCCCUCCCAGGUGAUCCAUCCUUACUAGAGAUGGUUCAGGCUUGUGCUAAUAUAGGCACCACAGAUUAUAAGAUGGCUGCCUUGGCUACUGCCUUAACAGCAUCCUCAAAAGGGCCAAAGGGUAAGCAGGAGAAACAGGUGACAGCACAAGCCACCAAAAAGCAGGGGAAACAGAAGCAGAAAGGGAAAAUUCCCUUGUUUCUGUGUAGUUGGUGUGGAAAGCCAAACCACGUUGCAGAGGCUUGCACAGCAAACUAGAUGCUAAAGGCCAGCCUUUGCCAAAUCUGGGAAACGCAAAGCUGAGCGUGAAGGGGAAAUGCGUGAAGACAUAAGCCUUUCCCCAGUUCCCAGUGCUGAUGCAGGUUUGCUCAGCCGGCUUGUGGCCAGCACCCGUGGCUCAGCUGGACUUGAUGUCUGCACAGCAGCAGCAGUAGUCUUGAACUCCUGUGAAGUGCAUAGAGUUCCUUUGGAUGCCUUUGGACCCCUGGGGGAGGGUAAGAGUGCUCUCCCAAUGGGAAGGUCAAAUGUUACCCUUCAGGGUAUCAUUGCGCAUCUGGGACUUAUUGAUGCUGAUUAUUUGGGACAGAUUUGUGCUAUGGUGUCCACCCCGAAUCCUCCUGUCACUAUCCCUGAGAAAACAUGCAUUGCUCAACUUGUGCCUUUCAAGUCUUCAGUUUCCAGGGCUGCAAACCAGUGUCGGGACGGUUGUUUUGGAUCGACUGGACCACCUCAGGUGCACUGGACUGCAACCUUGACUGACAAACAGCCUGAGAUGUGGUGUACCCUGUGCCUCCCUGAAGCCACCCCGCCAGAGAUCCACCUACAAGGUCUGAUCAACACGGGUGCUGAUGUAACCAUCCUGUCCUUCUCUGCGUGGCCUCCAAAGCGGCCUCUGGAUCUUGUGGAGUCACCUGUUGCUGGAUUGGGUGGAACAGCACAAUGCUUCAUCAGCCAGCAGCCUGUGCUGAUCACAAACUCAGAGGGACAGUCUGCUAUGGUUCGGACUUAUGUCACCACAGCUAUUGCUAACCUGUGAGGGUGGGAUAUACUGGCAGCUUGGAAGGUUCAGAUCAGGACGGAUUUUUGAUAGGGGCCACUGUGACAAAGGGCUCACAGUACCCCAUGCCUCCUUUAUGUGGACAGGGGGACAAACUCAUCUGGGAAACCCAGUGGUCCCUCCUGGAACAAAAUGUAGUCACCCUUCCAGAUUUAGUUCAAGAGCAAGUUACAAGCUAUACCAAUCUGCCAGGUUUCAUAGCAGAAGGUAAUGCCAGGGCUGACAAGUGGGCUAACCCUGCAUGGGUAGCACCUCAGCCUGAUGUACUAGCACAGGCCAGAGCAUUGCAUGAAUUUUUUCAUCAAAAUGCACAUACAUUGCAAAAGCAGUUUCAGUUGACUCCAACUGAGGCUAGUGACACUGUCAAUUCCUGUGAUGACUGUCACACACUUGCUCCACCUUUACCAGCAGGAGUAAACCUUAGAGGUCUCAAGGCCUUGGAAAUUUGGCAAAUGGAUGUUACCCAAAUUGCUGAAUUUGGCAGGGUCAAGUAUGUGCAUGUGUCUAUUGACAUUUUCUCCUCUGCCAUGUGGGCUUCUGCUCACACUGGAGAAAAAACUUGCGAUGUCAUUGCCUAUUGGAGGCAGGCUUUUGCUCUGUUAGGGAUACCUUCUAUUGUGAAGACUGAUAAUGGCCCUGCUUACACCUCACAGAAAGUGCGGCAGUUUAUGCAGAUGUGGGGUGUUCCACACAAAUUCGGAAUUCCGCAUUCUCCCAACUGGUCAAGCUAUUGUUGAAUGUGCUCAUGGUACUCUGAACCAGGUUCUUAAAAAAAAACCCAGGGAAUGCAGGGUGAAAUCCCGAAUAGUCAAUUGGCAAAAGCUUUGUACACGAUAAAUCACCUCAAGGUGCAGCAGAAUUCAAAUAACCGUUAUCUUGAACCAUCACCUUUCAUUGCAGGCUUUGGGCAAGACACAUCAGCCCUGAGUGAAAGUUUGGGUGCGAAAUUUAACCACCGAACAGUGGGAAGGCCUGUUUGAACUUAUUGCUUCGGGUUGUGGGUAUGCAUGUGUAUCCACAAAUACUGGGGUGCACUGGGUACCUACAAAGUGCGUCUGUCCUGACCUGCAAUCGCUAAGGCAGCACCGAGAUAACAGGCAAACCACAGGCCGUGACCAGAAUGAAGGUCAUCAAGUGGAGGAACCUUCGAGUGAUGACGCAGAUGCAGAAGAUGCGAGUGAUCACUCGAACGAUCCCUCUAUGAGCAGGCGUUAAGCAUCUUUCUCAUUUUUCUUUUUUUUCUUUUUUUAUAGAAAAAAAGGGUGAGAUGUGGACAUGAUUUUUUGAACUUGAGUUUUAGGCUCUCAGUGGCUGAUUUGUUUCCCAAGGAAAAGUCUUUUGGGAAACUCUUUCUCUCUCAAGGACUGUUGUGUAAAUAAGAUUUUGGUUCCCAAAACAAUGAAACAGAUGUUCUGAGAGUGUUUUUCUCUUGUCCCACCAAGGGGACGAUAGAGGCAUUGUUCCUUGUACCAAUCAGGUUAACCUGUAUCGGAACACCUUAUAAUAAGGGUUGAAAACCCUGAAAUCAAGGCUUUUAGCCUCCUGAAAAUAAACCUCGGCUGUCGCCCUGAAAACUCAGCUUCUGAGCUUGCUAACAUAGUUUUCUAAAGACUUUCCCAGGACAGUAACUGUAAACAUAGAUAUGUGUACAUUCUUUCUGUUACACAUCUUGUGACGGGCAUCUAUCAUGGCCAGUGCAGUGAGAAAGUGUUAUCCUGACCAUCCAAUCCCUGGCCGUGGUCAGAAGCCUAUAAAUCCUGGGAGGAAAAAUAAAUGCUCUCUUCCUUUCACCACACCUCGACCUGUGUCCGUGUGAUCUAUUCAUCUUCAGCGGCAACAUCUGGUGAACCUCCGACGUGUGUUGCAGGUGACGGUUACACGGUACUAUCUAGCCUGUGGCUAUGGCUCUUUUUGGGCUCUCUCCUAUGGAGGGCCUGGUUACGGAAAUAUGGCGUGCGGUGUUUGAUCAGAGGGGGAUUGCCGUUUCAAAUGCUGACUUUCAGCGAUUGUGUGAGUAUGGGAGACAUGAGGGUUUUUUCCCUGUGGUUGAGGCCAUGUUUUCGAAGUCGGCUUGGGAUGCUUUAGGAGAUUCCCUGCUCGAGGCUCUGCUGCUCGAUUAUGAGCCCCGGCUGGUCUGGUUGCUGGGGAUUUGGUGGCAGUGCGUCCACGUUUUGUGUAGUCACUCAUCCUCUUCUGCGAGUUCUGUGGCCACUCUCUCUGAUCUGGAUGAGAGAGGUGACUCUUAUUCCAGUUGUGGGAGCGAGGCAGAGCUUUCCCUCUGCCCCGGUGAUGCGGAGCUGGUGGAUGUGGCCUCGCCUCGCCUGGCACCCCGGCGGUGUUGGUCUGGGGCAAGGAUGGAUUCCGGCUGGCGGGCUGUCAGAGGCACCACGGAACGGGGGGAUGUAACUCCGCCGCGUCCGGCACCCUGGAGGUGUCGGGCUGGGGUGGGGUCGCCUCCUUGGUGUGCUCUCCCGGCACAGGCCGAUGGGGAGCCGCCUCAGCAGGGGGCGGCGCCGCCCCUGGGGGUGAUGUCAGGGACUGUCCCCUGUCCCCGCUGUGGCUGGGCUGUGUCGUAUCCCACUGUGGGGGAUGGGGCAAGCCUGGGCUCUGUGGUCGCGCAUGCACACACCGCUCCGAAGGGGGGCUGUCUGGUACGAUCUCCUGGUUUUUGUGCUCCCGACGGGAUGUUGUUAGGGGCUCUUCCGAGUGUUGUCCCUCCCGCAUCGGAUUUGUGCAGCGUGGGGACGGGUGCAGUGCGUUGUGCGGACACCGGGCCGGCUGCCAGCUCCGGGGUGCGGGUUUCUCCUCCUGCGAGCCUGGGACGGCCCCUGGCGGUGGAGUGGGACGGUGCUGCGUCUCCACUGGCUGUGCCCCUUCCGGCGCCGCGUUCCCCCCCCGCGCUGGAGGCGGGUCGCGUUGCACCAGCUUCACCUCGCCCCGCCUCGCGUUCUCGGGCAUCGCCUGAGCCUGCAGCUGGAGGCAGCCCCCCCCCCCGUCGCCUCCAGUGGCCAGGGCGGACCGAGGUCCUGCACUGUUUACCAUUGGUUCAGGUGGUGAUACCGUGGGGACAAAGCCGGUGGCCUCCACGGGGAAAGGGUCCCGGGCUGCUAGAGCUUCUUUGGCUACCCGGUGGACCUUGCCUCCCGGCCAGAUGACUGUACGGCCGAGGCGUCCGAAGGUCUUUUGGGGCACUGUGAGGGCUAAGGUUGAUGAGGUUGAUGACAGCCCCCUAGAUGGUGAGGAUGGAUCCUCGGACUCCACUGGUGUUACGGUGGCUGUGGCGCCGGAUGCUGUUGUGGGGUCUUCCAGCCCGGUGCCUGGUCCUGUCUCGGGGCACUCUUCGAGACGGGAAGCGGCAAGUGAGGCUGCUCCUCCGGGGAGAUAUCAGGCAUUUCCUGUGCUUCAGGAUGGGACUCAGAGGACUCAUCAGCCGUUAUCCUGGAAGGCUUUGACAGAUCUCCGCGAGACAGCUGAAAAACACGGCCUUGGGUUGAAUGAGGUUAUGCAGGCUCUUCGGGGCAUUGUGGGAGGUGUACUGGUACCUUAUGACAUUUGGAAUAUAGCCCAUGUUGUCUUUCAGCCGGUGGAGUACGGCAUUUUUGAGGGGUUAUGAGCUGAGAUAGCUUGUCAAGUGGUACAGCAGAAUACUGCCUUGGAACGACAGGAUCCCAGGUGGCUGAUCGGCUCUGAUGCUCUGCUGGGUAAGGAUGGCUUUGCUGAUGAUAAUAGGCAGGUUAACCUUGACCCUCUUGUAUUUGAGCAGUGUAAGGAGACCGGCAUGGUGGUGUUGAUGCGGACCUUAGAAUUGGCCGGCCCCAAGGAGCCUUUUGUGACUAUUGUCCAGCGAGAUGACGAGUCUUUUCUGCGCUUUGCGAAUCAGCUGACCUGCAGCUGCAGAGGCAGCAUUCAACCGGCGAGCAGGCUGGAGGCCGUGACCAAAUUGGAAGUCAUCGGAUGGGUGGGCCAAUGGAUGAGGACUCAGAUGCAGAUGACGUGCGUGCUCACCCCGAUGGCCCAUCCACAAGCAGGUGUUGAUGUUGGAUAUUUGUUUCAUUUAUUUUUUGAGUUUUGUUGUUUUUCUGGUUUUUUGGGGUUUUUUUUGUAAUAACGAAAGGGUGACAUAUCACCCUGAAAUUACAGCCUUCUGAUUGUAUGAAGUAUUGUAUUUUCCUAUUAUUUAUCCUUUUGAUUGUUUAUAAUGCUGCUAGUUUCUUUGUUCAUUUUUCUUUUUCCUUUACUUUUUGUUAAACCAAAAAGGGUGAGAUGUCGCCCUGAAAACUCAGCUUCUGAGCUUGCUAACAUAGUUUUCUAAAGACUUUCCCAGGACAGUAACUGUAAACAUAGAGAUGUGUACAUUCUUUCUGAUACACGUCUUGUGAUGGACAUCUCUCACGGCCAGUGCGGUUGGGAAAGUGUUAUCCUGACCAUCCAAUCCCUGGCCGUGGUCAGAAGCCUAUAAAUCCUGGGAGGAGAAAUAAAUGCGCUCUUCCUUUCACCACACCUCGACCUGUGUCCGUGUGAUCUAUUCAUCUUCAGCAGCAACACUCGGCUGUUUGCGAUAAGAACCCUCGCUUCAUACUUCGUGUUCACUAGCGACAGCUGUGGGGUCCCUUCCCACGGGAGACAGUUCUCUGUGAACUUCUCCAGCAUGGUUUCAAUCUCAUGAGCAGCAGUCCUCCCAAAACUGCUUCAACAUGGGUCUCUCUUCCAGGGGGUGCAGUCCUCCAAAGACAGGCUGCUGCAGCUUGGAAGCAAGAGCCUUCUCUCUCACCCAGGUCUUCCAAUGUGUUGGGGGUUUGUUGAUAUAUUUUAUAUAUUAGUAAAGGCCUGUCUGCACAAACCAGCCUUUGAAAUAAGUCGUGAUAUUAAAGGUAAAG